AAGAUCUUGAAGAAUUCCUCCUCCUAUGCAAGAAUAAUAAUCUUGUGAAAUAAAUAAUUAAAUGGAAAGAGGGAUAUGGAAAACCAACGUUGAGAUGGCACCAACAUGUCCUCGCUGUGGUUCCAUCAAUACCAAGUUUUGUUACUACAACAACUAUAGUUUGACGCAGCCUAGGUACUUUUGCAAAGGUUGUAGAAGGUAUUGGACCAAAGGUGGUUCUUUGAGGAAUGUUCCCGUUGGUGGUGGCUGCAGGAAGAGCAGACGAGGUAAGUCGUCGUCUUCUUCAAUUCGUUCAUCAUCAACAGAUCAUCAUCAUGGCCUUAUUUCAAGAAAUUUGGGUCGUGGGAUUAAUAGUUUAAAUAAUCCCUCUAAUAAUAUUGAUCAAUCCACCACUUCCUUAGCACAAGGUGGUGAUCAUCAUGGUCCAAGUAUUGAUCUUGCUUUAGUCUAUGCAAAUUUCUUGAAUGAUUCCUCAAAACCACAACCCGAGGUCCAUCACCAGAACCUUGAACUUCCUGAAUUAUUGCCUAAUGAUCAUCAUCAAGCAGUCGUCGUCGGUCCAUCAUUCGUGUUUUCAGACAUGAUAAACAUGGAGUUUGCUAGUGAUUUAGGUCAAGAAACGCGAUUAAGCGAUGGAGAUGGUGUCUACUUUAGUGGGAUUGAUGAGAAGCAGCAAACAAUGCAGAAUGUUAUGAAUCAUAAUGAUGAUGUUCACUAUACGAACAUGAACAUGAAUGCUAAUAGUAGUAACAACGAAUUAGGCAAUUAUAUGCAGCUGCCUCCAUUGCCUUGUGAAGAAUUGGGAGCGUCAUCAGAAGGGAUGGCGUGGUCUAAUUCUCAUGAUGAUCAUCAUAUGGUAUUUACUAAUGAUAUUCUUAUAAAUACAAGUCAUUCAUCAACUGGAGGACUAGAACCAGAACCAGAACCAGAAAUAUUAGCAGCACAAGAUCCAAGUCAUCAUCACGCGAACGCUUAUGAUAGGAGCCUUUUCAGCUUGUCCAACUUUGGUAAUAUUUUCAGGCCUUGAAAAUCCAAAUGAGGUUUACUUUACUUCA